AUGUCGAACGACAAGCUGCUGCAUCGCAAGGCAGCCAUCACAUCCCAUGCCAACCAUCUCAGCCCUCAAAGCCAGGUCAUUCCUCCAAAGUACGAUGACGUACCUUCCGACACGCAACCUCUGAUGGCCGCAACAUCGGCAUCGACUGCGAGCAGCUUGACCUUGCAGCGUGGACGUGAGCGGGACGACGACGGCCUCGCUUGGAGGGAUAGCAGCACCAACCCAGCUCGAAGAAACACCGCGUCCAAGCCUUCAAGCGUGAGUUCUACCUCCGUACUCAUCUGUGUGAUUGGGAGCUCCAAGUGGGCGUUCCAGAAGGCUGAACUCAGAAUGCUUUCACCCUGCGCUAUGACGUUGACGUGUCCGCCCGCACCUUUGGCGAUUAAUCGCACUCGAAUAUUUUUCGCCUCACCCGUAGUCCCCGGAUCACUUGGCCAACACCAACGCCAGGGUCGAGUGGGUCGUGUUGGGCCUCAUAUUUAUCGUCUCGGCAGUGUUGAGGUUCUGGAGGAUCGGUCAUCCCCACAGUGUAGUGCAAGUCAUGCUCGCUUUUCCUCUCACCGCAAAAUCUGCUUCAGUCCAGCUGACCUCGCGCUAGUCGACUUGCAGUUUCGAUGAAGUCCAUUUCGGCAAAUUCGCAUCCUAUUAUCUGCGGAGAGAGUACUUCUUCGAUGUGCACCCCCCUCUGUACGUCAUCUGUGGCUGCACGCCUUUCUAGCCGACGAUACUGACCCCUACUCGGUACAUUAGCGCCAAGCUCUUGCUCGCUUUCGCCGGCUGGGUCAUCGGCUACGACGGCGCGUUUGAAUUCGAAAACAUCGGCGACGACUACAUCAAGAACAAGGUCCCUUACGUCGCUUUACGAUCGCUCCCGGCUUUGUUGGGAAGUUUGGUCCCUCCGGUCGUGUACGCCAUCAUGAGGGAGAGUGGGUACCCCAAGGUCAUUGCGCUCCUUUCGGCUUCGCUUGUCCUCUUCGGUGAGUCGUAACCAGGUGUGUGAUGCAUUGCGAUAGCGGUGCCCCUGAUGCUGGUCAUCUAAACACACACCCAGACAACGCCCACGUCGCCCAAACUCGAUUAAUCCUUCUCGACGCACCCUUGGUGUUCUUCAUGACGCUCGCUUUUUACUGCUACAUCCGCUUCCACAAAUUACGCUACAAGUGGGUGACAUACUGCACGGGAGACAACGGGUCAUGAUUUUUUUUGCUGAUCAAUCAUCUUCUCACGCCAAACAGCGAAUUCACCAAAUCGUGGUGGACAUGGAUGAUCUUGACGGGCGUCUUCUUGAGCUUGACCAUUUCGUGCAAAAUGGUCGGAUUGUUCGCCUUCUUGACCGUCGGGACGUGCGUCUUGAUCGAUCUCUGGGGAUUGCUCGACAUCAAGCGAGGGCAUACACUCGUGAGCACAUAUGGAUGCGAUUAUAUCCCGAAGAUUUUGACGCUGAAGGGCGCAUCGUUGUCAAUAGGAACACGUCGUCAAGCACUUUGCUGCGAGAGCAUUCGGACUGAUCGUCGUUCCUGCCAUCGUCUACCUCUUCUGGUUCUGGGUCCACUUCAAGGUACUCAAUCGCUCCGGAACCGGUGACGAAUUCAUGUCGUCAGCGUUCCAACAGACCCUAUUGGAUUCCCCCAUGACGCUCACCGCAAAAGAGAUCCACUACUUUGAUACGAUCACAUUACAACACCGAACAACCAAGGCGUUCCUCCACUCGCACCCCGAUCGAUACCCGCUCAAAUACGACGAUGGGAGGAUCUCGAGUGCGGGUCAACAAGUCACGGGCUACCCUUUCAACGAUACCAACAACCAUUGGAUCGUCGAGCCGACGCGCGAGAUCCCCGAGUCUGGACGGGGCCGCAUCGUCCGACACAAUGAUAUCAUCAAACUGCGCCACGUCGUGACCAACACGACCUUGUUGACCCACGACGUCGCAUGCCCGACCAUGGCGACCAACACCGAAUUCACGACCUGGGACGGCGUCGACCUCGCCGCCGAACCCAACACCCAUUUCCAACUCGAGAUUGAAGAAGCCCACGAAGGGUCGCAGUGGAUGUCCAAGUCGAGUCAUUUCAAAUUGAUUCAUGUACCGACGCGUGUUGCGCUGUGGAGUCAUACCGAUCCUGCGUUGCCGGAUUGGGCGUUCAAGCAACAGGAGGUUAAUGGGAAUAAGAAUCUGAAGGAUAGGACGACGCUUUGGGUCGUCGACGAGGUCAUUCCGGACCCCGGUUAGUUCCCCUUCGUUUCCUUGCCCGGCUUCAUGAAACGAGAACUGAGCCCAAUCUGGUCGCACCUUACAGACGCGGUCGAGAUGAUCAAUCUCUCGCACCCCAAGAAGGAGAAGACGAUCGUCCAGCUCAGCUUCCUGCGUAAAUUCUUCGAGCUCCAGAUCGCCAUGCUCCAACACAAUGCCGGCUUGACCGAUUCGCACCCUUACGCUUCCGGACCCAUCAAUUGGCCGUUCAUGCUCUCGGGCAUCUCGUUCUGGACCGGUCAGAGCGAGUUGAAGCAGCAGAUUUAUUUGAUUGGGAAUCCGGCAAGUUGGUGGUUGAGCGUUAUUGCGAUGAGCGUCUUUGUAGGAAUCUUGGGCGCGGAUCGAUUGGCCGAACGAAGGGGAAUGUACCCCAUUCCGAGGCGUAGGUUCUGACCUUAAACAAACUUUGCUGACCUUUUUGAAGCUGACGCCUCAAUUGUUUAACUCCUUUGCAGCCGUCCGCAACCGCCUCUACAACUCCGGUGGCUUCUUCAUGAUCGCCUGGCUGUACCACUACGUACCUUUCUUCACCAUGUCGCGCCAACUCUUCCUCCACCAUUACCUUCCCGCCCACGUAUGUUCAGCCCUGUUGACAGGCGCGGUCUUCCAAUUCGUCGUUUCGGAAACCAUCAAUUCGCCCAUCUCCAUAGCCCCGACCAUGGCUAUCGCAGCGACGACGUUCAGGAGACAGAGGAAACAAUUCGCCGAAGUGGGCAAAGGGAUGAUAUUGGGCGUGAUGGGGAUCGUAGGAUUGUUGGUGCUGGGUUAUAGUUGGUUCGCACCUUUGACGUAUGGGUUCCCUGGGUUGGAACCGGAACAAGUCAAUCAUCGGAGGUGGUUGAGUACUUGGACUUUGGUGAGUGGAACGAACUCAUGCUCAGGAGGGUUGCAUGCCACAGACACUAAUGUUUCAUUUAUUCAUUGUCUGUCGAUACAGCAUUACGCCAAGUGA